CUGGCCCUGCUUUGCUUUGCUUCCACAUUCUUACCCCAGCAUAACAUCAUACCUGCAUUUCGCCCAUCGGAUGACCUGGAGAUCGGACAACUGACUAAUUAAGAGAUUACUCUUGGGUGGCAGCCUGUUAGGAACCUUCAGAUUUCACGUCUCAGCCUCUAUCAACGACCUUUCAUUUGGAACCCUCGCCCAGUUUCCAGUUUCCCAGGAACUCGCACUUUCAUGAUCCUUGAUAGACCCUGCAUCAACACCACCAUACUGUACUAUACCCCCGCCAAUCCAAUCCCUUCUCCCCGGCAAGACGGGACUUUGUUUGAUUCCACUGCCAGUGGCAUCCAGUUCUAGUAAUCUCUGAUGAUUUAGAGAGUGCUCACCAUGCAGUACGUCCCAUUCGCGUCGGACAUCGAAAUCCCCUUUUACGCAGCAUUGGCAUCGCACAAGAUCAACCAUGACAAACUGGACGAUUCCGCCCGCAAACUAUUGGGUCUAUACGAAAUCCGGCCAGGAGACGCCAAAGAGCAUUCCUGUCGGAUGCAAAUCCGGGCCAACGCGCUGACCAGCGACGAAGUCCCCGCUGGCUGCUACCGCGCCGAGGGCAUGAUCAAGAACUUCAACACCAUUGAAGACUACCGCAACAGCGACAAGCUGGCCAUGAUCCAACAGGCCGGCAAGACCAUCUGGGAAGCCAUCAACGACGGGACCAUCUACUCAUGUCCUUCGUUACUAGUGUCAUUUCUCGUCCUGUCCUAUGCCGACCUCAAAAAGUACAAAUUCUACUACUGGUUUGCAUUCCCGGCCCUGGUCAUGGACCCACCAUGGGCACCGGUCGGUGACCCAGAAACGUCCACGACGGCGGGAGGAGUGCCACACAAAAAGUUAAACUCGAUCGAGAGCACCACCCUCGUCGACGCCGUCAUGACCUGGAAAUACGGCGUCGACCCCAGACAACAUGGCUUCUUCCUGGCCAAAAAGGUGCGGGCCAACAGCCAGCAAAAUCCGUUCGACGAAGACGAAUCCGGUCCGACCACGCCACGGUCGCCUCUCACCCCAACGGCAGGCCUCGCAUUCGACUGGCAGGUCUCUGCUCUAGCAAGCUACGAAGCGGGUUUCUUCGACGGCAUCGAUCCCGAAGAUCGCUUUGUUUGUUUCGCCGAUCCAUCCAACUAUGGAGAACCGGGUCCCGUCGCGCCAGGCUGGAUGCUGCGGAAUUUGCUAGUCUUGGUCCGCCAGCGAUGGAACCUUCGGAGGGUUCAGAUCCUGUGCUACCGCGAGACGCAAAUGCGAAGAGACGCCGCGCGCAGUGUCAUCUUUGACAUGCAAGUGCCACUAUCAAAACAAGAACAAGAACAGCAACAACAAGCUCAACCAACAGACCAGCAACAACAACAACAGCCAGAUGCCGUCCCCAAAAUGCCCAAAGUCGUAGGCUGGGAACGCAACGCGGCCAACAAACUAGCGGGCCGCAUGGCCGAUUUGACAGAAUACAUGGACCCGAAGAAGCUGGCCGACUCGAGCGUGGAUCUGAACCUGAAACUGAUGAAGUGGCGCAUCAGCCCGAAUUUAGAUCUCGAGCGCAUCAAGGAAACGAAAUGUCUGCUCUUGGGGGCCGGGACGCUGGGCAGCUAUGUCUCGCGCAACCUGCUGGGCUGGGGCGUGCGCAAAAUCACUUUUGUGGAUAAUGGAUCUGUUUCCUUUUCCAAUCCUGUGCGUCAGCCUCUGUUUACUUUUAACGACUGUCUCGAGGGCGGUAAGAAGAAGGCCCUGGCGGCCGCAGAUGCCCUGCGCCAGAUCUAUCCUGGCGUCGAGGCCGAGGGUCAUGUCAUCUCCGUGCCUAUGGCUGGUCAUCCUGUCACGGACGCGGCAAAGACCAAGGAAGACUACGAGACACUAAAACGGCUGGUUGACGAUCACGACGUCAUUUUCUUGCUUAUGGAUACUCGUGAGGCUAGGUGGCUGCCUACGGUCAUGGGCAAGGCUGCGGGCAAAGUGGUCAUGAACGCCGCUCUGGGAUUUGAUACCUAUGUUGUUAUGAGACAUGGGGUCAAGCCGCAACAACAAAUACCACCACGGGCACGCCAUGAAAAUAACAAUGAAAACGACAGUAUCAGUAGCAGCGCCAACAGCGAUAGCCGGAGAAAUGAGGGCAAAAAGAAGAAGCAACAACAACAGGACGAAUUGGGAUGUUAUUUCUGCAACGACGUCGUCGCACCCGCCGACUCCAUGAAAGACCUAACGCUCGACCAACAAUGCACAGUGACGAGACCCGGCAUCGCCGCCAUCGCGUCCGCCUUGCUCGUCGAGCUCCUCAUCUCGGUCCUCCAACAUCCACUGGGCGCUGCAGCCCCGGCGUCCACAUCUCCGUCCGAGGACAGGGGCGACCAUCCACUCGGAUUGGUACCACACCAAAUCCGCGGGUUCCUGUCCAACUUUACCAACAUCAAUAUCGCCGGCAAAGCAUAUGACUGCUGCAGUGCUUGUUCGGAUAAAGUGUUGACCGCGUACGAGAGUGAUGGCUGGGAGUUUGUCCAGAAGGCGCUGAAUGACAAGGACUAUGUUGAGGAAUUGAGCGGGUUGAAGGAGGUCCAGCGCGCGGCUGAGGCGGCGGCUGCCGAUAUAGAGUUCAGCGAGGAUGAGAUGGCUGAGGACGAUGACGACGAGGGCGAAUUGGUAUGAUUUGAUUUGUUGAACGGGAUCUUCGGCCAGCCAGGCCUUUCGACGUCCGAUUCGAUUCGCGCUGAUCAAGUGGGAUAGGAUGAUGGUGAGAGCUGCCGCGAUAGGCUGUUGUGUUCUGGUCUCGGGCCACCCUAUACCAAGGGCCAGAAGAGGUUGGAUAGAGUGUACACGAGGUAUAUGUCGCGACAUCUGUAUAAAAUAUCCAGCGAAGUGUAUUGUCCUCUCCGGCAUGCCUUGCCUUCCUAGCAAACAAUGCUACUGAAGAAGACUCAAAUUGAGCCGGUCUCC